GACAGCUCGAGAACGGACGUGAAGAUUUUCUCAGGAAUGUAGGAAAGGGCUUUCCUUCUUCCCUCUCUUCCCGCCGAGCUGUGUAGCUGUAACUUACGACGUUCAUAUGCAUCUGACCGUAACCUCCACACAGUCUCCAGCCUGCCAAUCAACAUCAUCUGACUUGUCUUCUCUUUUCCGGGUGCUAUGGGUCGCGGUUUCUUCCCCGCAGAGUCCAAUGGGCUGCAAAUAUGUGUUCGCAGGUUUGACUCAGCCGCUGUCGCAUGCAGUUAUCACCGCGUCGCCCUUCUUCCUGCUCGCGUUUUCAAUAACGAAGUUGCACUGCUGAUCGUGCAUGUGUAGACGGCUGCAAUGCGAGUUGCACCCAGCGGUGUAUAAAAGCCUGUAGAGCCAGGGGUUUGGGGAUACAAGCCAAGUCGUUUUUCCUUCUAUCGCCCUCCCCCUCGUUCAAGAGCUGUCGAGUGCCGGUCCACUCUCUUAUUCUUCCUUCGUCGACUUUUGCUACAAGUCUUUCGAUUUCGGCCGGUCCUCUCAUUCAACCUAGUGCUACAUAGCAGUCUUCCUUGCUCAGUUCUUCACACUCGAAUAUGUUGUUCAACGCUCUCUUCGCUUCCGUCGCGCUCGUCGCGUCGCUCGCCGGCCAAGUCCGCGCGCACGGUACUAUCACCGCCGUCACAGGUGCCAACGGCGUUCAAGCUGCUGGCUUUGGUAUCAUAGCGAGCACGCCCCGCAAUGGAGCGUCGCCCAAGCCAUUUGAGCAGGACACGUCCGUCAUCCGCGAUGCCGAGAUCGCGUCCGGAAAGACGGGCGUCUGCGGGCGGACAGCUGCCGGCGGCAACAACGACGUCGUGCAACAGCUCGCUACUGCCUCGCAAGCCGGUCUCCCGACGACGGCUGCAGACGGGAGUAUCUCGAUGACGCUCCAUCAGGUCAACCAGGACGGCGCAGGGCCAUAUAGCUGUGACGUCUCGGGCGACGGCGGCAACACUUUCACGGCCGCCACUGUGACCAAGAACGUCCCGGGUUUCGCGAGUCUCAGCCUCGCAAAGGCACAAGACUUCCCGCUCGAAGUCCAAAUGCCCGCCACGACGGCUUGCACAGGAGGACCGAACGGAGACGCAUGCAUCCUUCGCUGCAGGAACAAGGCUCUUGCGGGUCCCUUCGGGUCUUGUGUGGCCGUCGCUAAUGGUGCUGCUGCCGGUACUACGGCCGCUGCGGCUAAUACGACUAGCACUGCUGCAGCUGCACCCGCAGCAGCAGCAGCAGCUGGGGGAGCCGCUGCAUCCGCCGCCCCCGCGGCUGAGGCAGGAGCCGCAGAUGCAAACAACGCUAAGGCAGGUGGCGCGGCGGGUCUCCUCGGCAAGCUCCUUGGGAAGAACAAGAAGCGCGUGAUUCACUCGCGCAUUGCUGGGAAGCGCGCUGGGUACUGGAUCGACGAGUAGACGAUUUCAUGUGCAUGUUCUGACGAUGGACAGUGACGGACUUGUACGGACGUGCAUGGUAUACUAGGGACUUGGAUCGUAACUCUUUCAGGCUAUGUGGUUCUCUGAAUCUAUAUGAUACAGUUGGUCCCGCCUC